AAAACUAAUAUAAGCUCUCCAUCAACCUCGCUGUUCGGGUAGGCAAUCAAUAAACAUCGAUGAUAUCAACGGUAUUUCCGACACAAACCACCAUGAACAUUGUACACGUCACUCAAAAACAAACAUCAACUUCAGGCAAAACAUCCGGUCGAAGCACGACGAAACGGACAGCAAUACGUCCUGUAACUACACGUGCGACUGCUGCAACUACGACUACAGCAACUACGACUGCAGCAACUAUGAGCACUCCUUGUGGGAGGAACUCAGGACAACACAACUCUUAUGUAAAGGACAACCUCAACAUCGUGCGACAGAAGUGCAGCGAGUUUCACGCCUGUACCGUGGAGCUGUAUAAGUCUGAGAACCUUCACCGCAUCCUGGCCGGCGACAACAUUCAGCUCCGUAACAUCUGUGGUCUGUUGUACCAAAACGCCAACGGCGGCUACAGGGUUCUGGACAACCAGUGCUCAACUCAGGCGAGAGAAUCCAUCAAGGAAAUACUGGGUGAUGAGGAGUUAUCCCCCAUUCUAGAAGGAAGCAGCUCUAGAGAGGACAGCUGGAGGAAACUCAAAACCUGUUUAGACAACACCCAAGAGGACAACACAUACCUCGACAAACUGUGCAGGUUAAAGGGAAACUCUACAGCUCCGCUGUGCAGCUCAACUGAUGUACAGGUGACGACGGAGAAGUUUUUCAACACCAAGUUGAGACUAUACCACUGUACCUGUAACACCUUUACUCAACAGUCGGCUGAGUCCUUGCCUCUGAGGCUGAUUGGGGGGUCUGUGCUGUGUCGCUGAUAUUCCUGCUCAUCGUCGUCAUCGUCGUUCUCUGCGUGCGACAACGAAAGCUCAAACAUCGUCUGACAACCGAGUCCAAACGCUCGGGAAAGACAACAUCACCGACAGAUGACUGGUGUACCAGCCAGGGUAUCCGCGAUCGCUCUCAGGUACCCCAAAGUCCGACCAGUCGACCUGCUGGCCAUCAGCCGUGGUUACCCGAGCCUUAUAUUCCUUACCAACUUCCGACGACCACCAGCCACAGCGACGACGACUAUCUGCUGCCAGACGUGGCCUGUGUGUACUACAAGAAUCAGUUACCUGAACAUCCUGCAACUGUCGCCAUCCAGCCUCCUCCACAAGACCGUCCGUACGUCCUGGCCAAGCACGUGGCGCCAUCUCCCGCCACCGACAGGAAGACGAGGGCCACUGAAGGACCUGACAGGUCGCUGGAGGAAGCCACGUACUUCGAUAAGAUCGACAUCAAGUCCGUGACGGAAACCAGUCCUGACGGCGGCUACACCCCCCUGGGUCUCACCCCCACCUUGGUGGUCAGACACCAGUCGGCUGAUUCAGAAGAGGGCAAAAGUAGCAACCCUCAGUAUUUGGAACUCGAACCUUCUCAAAACUGAAAACUUCUUCCACAUUUUCCUUUUCAUUAUUUUAUUCUUACGCAACUCUAGCACAUGUAUUUCUGAACUGCAGCCUGGUGUUAUCACAUGAUUUGAAUGUGUGCUGUGUUUAAAAAAGUCAUGUACCUGACAUUUGUAUUUGUUGUUUUAAUCAUGUGCUAUAUAAGUAAGAACUAAAUCUGGGAUAAAUGAGACAUUAACUGCCACAAUCUCUAAAUUAGUAUAAACCUCUCUCUUUCUCUCUCACACACACUUUCGCGUGUAUUGUAGAUACCAUUCACCCAGUACAUAUUCGGUGUUGUAGUCGUAAUAAGAAUAAUAAUAGCAUCUAUCACAAAGUACCCCUAUGAAAAAGAGGUUUACAAGGGAUAAAUAAUAAGUGCAUGUUUUGGUGAGUCAAAGAAAGUCACUCUGGAUCUCAUGCCAGCGUUUGAAUAUCAGCAUACCGGGACUAACUUCACAUUCUAACACAACCAACAGUUUAGUAUACAAUAAACCUAUGUCAUACUUUCUUGAUAAUGCGUGUACUUUGUGUC